UGGCAGCUACUGCUGCAGUAGGUGCUGCUGAGGCCUAGAUCGCCUCAAGCUGUACUUGCUGGGCUUCACAGCCACUUUUCCUGCCCCUUGGCAACCUAGAGUUACUUCAUUACCUCUGCAGCUACGGCUUUUUCUUUCAAAAGGCAGGGGGUGGCGUGGAAUCCUUUUUAAUUCUUGUCCAAGGUGUGUGUAGGAUUACCGGUAGAGCUCCCAAGCAGGCCAAGAUGAUGGCUACAAAUUUGGAUAAGAAUGUCAAAGCCCUCCAGGAAGUGUGGAGGAGAGAAGAAAAUGCCUCAUGCGCGGACUGCGGGAAACCCGAUCCUCAUUGGGCCUCCUGCAGUUUGGGUGUCUUCCUGUGUUUAGACUGUGCAAACAUUCAUUGCAACAUCCCUAGCAUCAACAAUGUGAAGUCCGUAAGGGCAGAAUGCUGGGAGGAAGGCCAAGUGGAGUUUUUGGUACAGCACGGAAAUGCAAAAGCCAAAGCAAGAUACGAGGCUCAUGUUCCAGUUUACUAUUACCGUCCAGUCCAUACUGACUGUCUAGUCCUGAGAGAACAGUGGAUACGAGCCAAAUAUGAACGGAAAGAAUUCAUGGAGCCAGGAAAACAGUCUUCAUAUUCCAAUGGACUAAAAGACGGGAUUCUCUGGAAACAAGGCCGAGACAAUAGGCAGUAUCUGCCCCGCAGAUUUCUUCUGUCAGAAAGAGAGGGGUGUCUCAAGUAUUUCACCAAGCAUGAUGCAAAAGAACCGAAAAUAGCAAUUAAAAUUGACACUGUCAAUGCCAUGUUCCAACCAGAAAAGACAGGGCACCCAAAUGGCCUGCAGAUCACCUAUCUUAAGGACAACAAGACUCGCAACAUUUUCCUUUACCAUGAAGAUGGGAAGGAAAUAGUGGACUGGUUCAAUGCAAUUCGUGCAGUACAGUUCCAUUAUCUGAAGGUGGCCUUUCCUGUAGCCUGUGAUAAAGAGUUAAAAGGACGGUUGACAAGGAAUUUCCUGAAAGAAGGUUACAUGGAGAAAACUGGGCCAAGGCAAAAGGAGUCUUUCAAGAAACGCUGGUUCACUCUGGACCACAGAAGACUGAUGUACUUCAAAGAUCCUUUGGAUGCUUUUGCUAAAGGUGAAGUAUUCGUGGGCAGUGGGGAAAAUGGUUACAGUGUCCUAGAGGGACUUCCAGAUGGCACACAGGGCAGCUUCACCUGGCAAUAUGGCAUCACCAUUGUCACUCCUGACCGUGAUUACCUGUUCACCUGUGAAACAGAAAAGGAUCGGCAAGAGUGGGUGGCAGCUUUCUGGCAUAUUAUAAAGCAGCCCAUGACACCCCAGGAGUACGCAAUUGAAGCUUAUUUUAAGCUCAAGCCGUAGCGUCUCUGCAAGAGAGAGAAGCUAGCUGCUAUCUGAGAAACACGGGAUGGAAAGAAGGCAUCCUCUAUCAAAUCAAUUGCUAUGCUACGUUUCCUGUUCUCUCAAGGUUAGAGAACAUACGUCCUUUUAUCAAUGAGCCAAAGCUCUUUAGAGGAGCCUGUGAACUCUGCCAAAUGAUCCUCUGCUGGUUGGAGAUGCUUUUAAAAAAUGAACAAUAUCCCAUCACAACAAUUGCUGUUAGAGAACGGCUGCAUGCACUGGGACAGCAGUGUGCUCUACUGUUUUGAUCAACAAGGAAAUGCGAUGCAACGUUGGGAAGCAGCAAAGUUGAAUUGGCAGAUCUUUGUGCUGCCCCUCCUGUGCAGCUGACUGAUGCUUGCUGAGGACUGGCUGCUGGCUUUUAAAAUGUCCGGUUUGUUGUUGUUACGUGCCAUCAAAUUGGCUCCAAUUCAUGGCGACCCUAUGAAUGAGUGCUCUCCAAA